UUGAAUUUGUUUUAGCGCGCAAUUUGGUUAAGGUAAAGAUUUCUCUUGUACAAAAACUUGAAUAAUUAAGAAAGAACCAUGCUUUGGGCCGAUAAAUAUCGACCAAAAGAAUUAUCGUUAUUAGAUUAUCAUAAGGACCAAGCGGCGGAUCUUAAGAACUUGACGAAAGAUGGAGAUUUCCCUCAUCUUCUCAUAUACGGUCCCAUGGGAGCAGGAAAGAAAACGAGAACUAUGUGCUUAUUGAGGGAACUAUACGGCCCAGGCGUUGAAAGGUUGAAGAUGGAAAAUAUGAAUUUUACUACACCUUCAAAUAAAAAACUCGAGAUUAUGACCGUCAGCAGUAAUUACCAUAUAGAAGUUAAUCCAAGCGAUGUAGGAAUUUAUGAUAGGGUUGUGGUUAUGGAUAUAAUAAAAAAUGUAGCGCAAAGCCAGCAGUUGAAUGCAAGUGCGCAACGAGAAUUCAAGGUAGUCGUCUUAACAGAUGUGGAUGAAUUAACAAAAGAUGCACAACAUGCUUUGAGACGUACAAUGGAGAAAUAUAUAUCUAAUUGUCGAAUAAUUCUCUGCGCCACAUCUAUUUCCAGAGUUCUUCCAGCUAUUAGAUCCAGAUGUCUCUGCAUAAGAGUUCCGGCACCAACUGAAAGUGAAAUAGUCGGUAUCUUACAAAAUACUUGCAAAAAAGAGGAUCUGAAUAUACCUAUUGAAUUUGCAACAAAAAUUGCGAAGAAAUCAAACAGAAAUCUAAGAAGAGCACUGCUAAUGUGUGAAGCGUGUAAAGUACAACAAUAUCCAUUCUCUGAAAACCAGAAUAUACCAGACCCGGACUGGGAAAUAUUUAUUAAAAAGACUGCACAGAGGAUUUUACAGAAUCAGAAUAUUGAAACUUUAGCUAAAGUCCGAGAAAACUUGUACGAAUUAAUUACAAAUGGAAUUCCUUCUGAUAUCAUAUUUAAAAUCCUUCUAGAAGAAUUACUGCUGAAUUGUGACAUGGAGAUUAAGACAGCAGUUGUUGAACAAGCCGCUAUUCAUGAACACCGCAUGGCCCAAGGUAAUAAAGCUAUCUUCCAUCUCGAAUCGUUUGUAGCUAAGUUUAUGUGUAUAUAUCAGAAUAUGAUGCAAGAGCUUGUUGCUGAUUUUUAAACAUGUUUGUAUUGUAAAUUAACUUUCAUAAAACCUGUUACUUUAGAA